AUGCAAGACGAGUGUUCAGAGGAGACGAGGAACUUCGGCGAACAGCGGCGGCGUCCUACGAAGGUGCUGAAGAUUGCUGAGAGCUUCACGAACUUGGAUGAGACGGCUAAGGCUGGUCGCUUCGUGCGGGGCCCCUAUUCAAAAAUCGGGAGACGUUUUCAAGAGAAUGGGGGUCGUAGUAGACGCGGGUGUUGUGAUGAUGAGUGUGCGGAGUCAAGUGGUAGUGAUGGUGAAAGACUUGGUGAUCGCAGGGUGACAGGGUCGUCAUGUACGGCCCUGCGGACGGCUGUAGCAGCGCUUUACCCUUUUGACGACUUCAUAUUGGAGAAAAUCGGAGCAGGCUUCUUUUCUGAAGUUUUCAAAGUAACCCACAAAACCUCCGGCAAAGUGAUGGUGCUGAAAAUGAACCAACAAAGGGCGAAUCGACCCAACAUGCUCCGGGAAGUUCAGCUCAUGAACAAACUCAAACACCCAAAUAUUUUAGGAUUUAUGGGUGUCUGUGUGCAUGAGGGUCAACUGCAUGCCCUCACGGAGUUCAUGGAGGGUGGCUCGCUGGAGCAGCUGAUCCUCAGCAGGCCACCGGAGCCGCUCCCGCAACCGUUAAGGGUGUCUCUGGCGGCUGAUAUGGCGGAGGGACUUAUGUACCUGCAUUCGCUAGGCGUCUUCCACAGGGACCUUACUUCUAAGAAUGUAUUAUUAAGGAAGAAUGGAAACGGUGAUUACACCGCUGUUGUAGCGGAUUUCGGUUUAGCGGCGAAAAUACCUCAUCCGAUAAAUGGAUAUCGACUGCCAAGUGUAGGAUCUCCAUGGUGGAUGUCCCCAGAAUGCCUCCGCGGUCGGUGGUACGACCACCGCUCCGAUAUAUUCUCCUAUGGAAUUAUACUGUGCCAACUAAUCGCCAGAGUGGACGCCGACCCAGACGUGUUGCCCCGCACGGAUAACUUCGGUCUCAACUACAUGGCGUUUGUGGAGCUGUGCGACGAGAACACCGUACCAGAGUUCUUGCGCUUGGCCUUCAAUUGCUGCAUUUACGAGCCUAAAGCGCGUCCACUAUUUCCCGAGAUAGUGAGCAAACUGGCCGAGAUCAAAGAAGGCCUGGACGAUGCAGCUUGGGGUUGCCAUACCCCGAACAACACUUAUGACAGUGAAGAGGCCGACUCUUCAUCCGGCAGAUCGUAUUCGUCAUGGGCGUGGCGACGGCCGCUGCGCAUGCGCUCCGAAAGCAGUCCGCACGCUCAUCGCGAUACACGCAGUGCGGCGCACCGUCGUUCCCUCUCCGAGCUAGAGUGCGCGUACAGGGACUGUCCCCCGUCCCCGCCUCACCGUUCAGCGUGCGCUCUCAACCCCGCGCCCCCCGCACCGCCUAACCUCGCCCGUCUUCAUCGUCUCGCCCACAUCAUGCUGCUACGAGAUACGCAUGCAGCACCGCGACCCGCGAAACGGGCCCUCCACACCUUCCGGGGGGUUUUCAGUAGGAGGCAAAAACUAAGCGAUUCAGAGUUGAAACGACGCGGUUCCUGCGAGAGCGGAAUAUUCUCUGUGGCGAAUGAGGAUUUCUGCGGACACGCCAGUUAUGGGGCGAUGUGUCCCUGCUCGUUAAUGGGUUGUCAUAGAUGCUGGUGGUGGCGACGUGACUCCAGUAGCGACCGGUCACUGGAUGAGUUCGACGAACAGCCGCGACUUCGCGUCUGCACCGACUGCCUCAUCGUCUACGAACGGCUGCUUCGGCGACGCCCGACCUUACCAGACGACUCGGCCUUGUCGACCACAGUCAGCUCGCUGCGCAGCCUCGACGACGACGAGUCAGUGAAAGAGAACGACGCCUCCCCCUUCCUCUGCGGCCUUCUCGAUACGGAGGCCGAGAGCGAACGGGAAUACCACGUGCUGACUAAGUGCUGCUGCGUCGGCCGCGUGCAGUGCGCCUCGCAUCGACCCCUCGACGAGGAGGAACUCAAUCGCGUCUUGCCCAGGGUCUUGGGUGCCUUCCCCUCGCAUCUCCUCUCCGCUUGUAAGCGGACCUCGAGCGUCUACACUGACAGCUCGGAAGACGUAGCCUCCCUCGGCUCUGACAGCCUCUACGACGACCGGAUCCCCAGGCAUGUGAGGUCGGCGCAGAUUUCCAAAAUCGUGGAGUACUUUGAGAGGAAGGGCGCGGACUUCAAGUGUGAGUUCAAGGGCCAGCGACUCAAGAUGAGCAAUCGGAGUAAGAUGGAGAUGCUGCAAUUUAGCAAAGGAGAGAAGACGGAAAAGGAAUACUUCGUGGACGUGAAGCAUAGAGGGGUGGCGGGGAGAAUGGAGGUGGUGGGUGAGGAGGGUUGCGGGAGGAAGUGUGUGGCGCAAAGGCUAAUGAUCUGCGAGGGCGCGGUCAAGUCAAAGUUGCCGCUCUUCGAUAAAAAGUCAUAA